AUGGAUUAGAUUGAAUAUGUUAAUCUUGAAAAAAAGACAUAGACAAAUAAAAAUAAUUAAAGAGGAAGAUAAAAUAAUAGACCAAAUAAAAAUGAUAGAAAUAAAAGAAAAUAAAGAGAUAAUCAACCAUUUAAGAUUUAAAGAAAACAAUGGAGAAAUAAGGAUUAAUAAAGAUAAAAAGUAUAUUAUUUAUUUUAAUCUUUAAGCGUCCAUUUUAAUCUGAGAAUAGAAUAGUGGCAACAGGUUAAAAGAGAAGACAAUUAUAAUAAAGAAAAUUUACUUAAAGACCUAAAGUCCCUAGAAAUAGUUAACCAAAUGUCAUUAUAAAAGGAUUGGAUCCAAAAAUGACAGAAGCAGGUUUAUAAGUAUAAAAAUCAAUUAUCUUUUUAGGAAGCUUGUAAAGAUUUUGGCCCAAUGAAUAUGUGCAAAUUAGAUAGAGAUAACUUUGGAUAAGUUAAGGUAUUAUGAAUUAUUAAUUAUUAAACAGCCAGAAGGAAUUGGUUUAGUUAGGUUUAAUAGAGUAGAAGAUGCUAAGGCAUGUGUCGAAAAGUUAGAUGGUGUUACUGUGUAAAUAAUUGGAGAAAAUAACAAUGUAAAUAAUUAAAAUAUUUAAAAGGAAAAAGUAAUAUCGGCAACGUUUGUUGAUGAUUAAGAAUAAGUAGGGAAUAAUAGAAAUAGAGGUGUAUUGAAUAUUACUAAGAGACCAAUAACAAAAAGGUAUUGAUUCAAUAAAAUUAAAAUAGAAAUUGGAGAAGAUGAA